AUGGAAACAGUGACGCAAUUAGAGACAAUUGAUAAAAUCCCGGUGGACUGGAAGACAGGUUCUUAUUCAUUUUGCAAACACCGUGAUAAGCAGCAACCUUUAUCAGUGCUGACGAAGAGUAGACGUCAAUUCUUAUCAAUGCCUUCAUGGCUGGAAUCAAAAUAUCAACCUAUGACAACGAAACGUUUUGCAUUUAAGUCUUCGAAGCUGUCUUCGGCUGCAGAUCAGCUAUGGUCAGCCAGUAAGAGUGGUUUCAAGGCCGAUGAGAAAAAUAUAAAACUAGAUCUGGGCAAGACACUCGCUAAAGAUAAACCAGAAAAGAGUUCAAAUGCGGAAGCGACAAAGAACACUGUUGGCAGUUUUGUAUUUGGUUCGAAAUUGUCAGAGAAAGUAAUCAUCAGUAAGGAAGAUAAAAUGGGCGAACAAACCAGCGCUUGUAAUUCCGCAAGUGAGCUUAUCGUAGCAAAUAGUGAAACCAGGGGUGACGUUCCGAAAAGUGUCACGGAAGUAUUUGAGGAAAUCAAACAAAAAGGAGCUUCAUCUUCCUUUAUCGGUAACCAUAAAUCAAAAGAGUCAGUUGCAGAAUUGGAAGCGAUCUCUGCUUCGUCGAGUUCAAUUACUAACGACGAUAAUUCGAUUAUACCUUCUGAGAUAGAUGAAUCAGUCCCACCAAAGCUAGAUGUUGUUACUGGUGAGGAAGGUGAAAUAAAUAUAUAUCGUGCAGUGUGUAAAUUACAUUCAUUUGAUAGUUCGGCAAAAUCAUGGGUAGAGCGUGGCAUGUCUUGCUUACGUAUUAACGAAAGGGGUGAAGAGCCUCCUUACACUUACCGAAUCGUCGGCCGAGUAAUGGGCAACCAAAGGGUAGUACUAAAUUCGCAGAUAUUUCCGGAUAUGAUCGUUGAAAAAUUAUCAAUGAGACGGGUGAAGUUCUCAGCUACAGCACCAGAUUCAGAAGUUCCAGCGCUUUUUCUUGCUACAGCAUCUGAAUUUGUUGCUGCACAACUUUAUGGAACUCUUUCUCGAAUUGUGGAAAAUAAGAAAAAAGAAGCAACACGUAAAAGGAAAUUUUCCGAUAUGGUUCCAGAGCAAGAUAAUAUCGAGUCUGCCGCAUCGAAGAAGGUGUUGGCUGGAAAUUAAGUUAUUCAUAUCUUAUUCAUAUCUUAUCCACCAAUAUGAAAUGAAACUUCCGUGGGUUUUAUUGGGUUAACUUAGUAGUUAUCUUUUCUUUGUUAUGUAAAUGAAAAAUUGUAAACUAGCAAUAAGAAUGAAAUAUUUUUUUGUGUAUCUUUAACGGCAUAAGACAAGCAAUGGUAAGCAUCAAGUUUGCCAUCCAUAACUUUAAAC